AUGCCUGGACGUAAACUACAAAACUACAAGAAUUUAACUCCCGGCUUCUGCAACUGUGACUGCACAAUUUGUUCUGGAAAAUCUAAUUUAUAUAGACACCAGAAAAUUCAUACAAGUGAAAAGCCAUACGAAUGUUCUCCUAGUGGGAACUGCUUUUCCAGAAAAUCUCAUUUAAAUGUCCACCAGAGAACUCAUACAGGUGAGAAGCCCUACAAUUGUACUCUGUGUGGAAAGUUAUUUUCCAUAAAAAGUAAUUUAAAUAAGCACCAGAGAAUUCAUACAGGUGAGAAACCCUACAAUUGUACUCUGUGUGGAAAGUGCUUUUCCACAAAAAGUAAUUUAAAUAUCCACCUGAGUAUUCAUACAGGUGAGAAGCCCUACAAUUGUACUCUGUGUGGAAAGUGCUUUUCCACAAAAGGUUAUUUACAUGUCCACCUGAGUACUCAUACAGGUGAGAAGCCCUACAAUUGUACUCUGUGUGGGCAGUGCUUUUCCACAAAAUGUAAUUUAAAUAUCCACCUGGGUACUCAUACAGACGAGAAGCCCUACAAUUGUACUCUGUGUGGAAAGUGCUUUUCCACAAAAGGUUAUUUACAUGUCCACCAGAGAACUCAUACAGGUGAGAAGCCCUACAAUUGUACUGUGUGUGGAAAGUUAUUUUCCAUAAAAAGUAAUUUAAAUAAGCACCAAAGAAUUCAUACAGGUGAGAAACCCUACAAUUGUACUCUGUGUGGAAAGUGCUUUUCCACAAAAUGUAAUUUAAAUAUCCACCUGAGUAUUCAUACAGGUGAGAAGCCCUACAAUUGUACUCUGUGUGGAAAGUGCUUUUCCACAAAAGGUUAUUUACAUGUCCACCUGAGUUCUCAUACAGGUGAGAAGCCUUAUAAAUGUUCUUUGUGUGGGAAGUGCUAUUCCACAAUAUCUAAUUUAAGUCGACACAAGAUGAUUCAUGCAGGUUUUUAGUGCAAGAUAUUUAUACUCCUGACAAUUUAACCAGAUGAAUAUCCCUAGGAGUAUACACAGAGUAGGAUGUGUUGAGUAAACAUAAUUUAAUUGCCACUGUACCACUUAACUUGCCCAUUCCUACAAGAAGGACAUUUUUCCUUGUUUAAACAGUUAACCAAACUGAGUUGUAAACGUUUAAAAAAAAUGCUAACCGAUAAUUUUUUCUGAAGCUGAAAUGUUAAGCUUUCAAUAUCCAAUGGAUAAAUAGCCUAAUGAUAAUGUAU